UUCCGUCUCCAAAGACGCUCAAGAUUCUAAAAAUGGCGAUGAUAACGAUGGCCAAGGCAACUUCACUCUGCAGCACCAACCCGACGAUAUCAUCCAGAAUCCGAUCAAACCCACGUGCCUUCAGAUCGGUCAAUCCGACGGCGAGAAUGCAGACACGUUUCCAUCGCCUGAUCGAAGAUCAGGGUAUCGUUCUCAUGCCCGGAUGCUCCGACGCCUUAUCGGCGGCUAUUGUGCAGCAGACCGGAUUCUCCGCCGGAUUCAUCUCUGGAUACGCCGUCUCCGCCUCUCUCCUCGGAAAACCCGACUUCGGUUUGCUCACACCGCCGGAGAUGGCGGCGACGGCAAGAUCGGUUUGUGCGUCGGCUCCGAAGAUACCCAUCAUCGCGGAUGCCGAUACGGGUGGUGGCAAUGCCCUUAACGUUCAAAGAACCAUAAAGGAAUUGAUUGCAGCAGGUGCUGCUGGUUGCUUCCUUGAGGACCAGGCAUGGCCAAAGAAGUGCGGUCAUAUGCGAGGGAAACAGGUCAUACCUGCAGAAGAACAUGCUGCCAAAAUAGCAUCAGCCAGAGAUGCUAUCGGAGAUUCCGAUUUUUUCCUCGUGGCUAGGACUGAUGCCCGUGCUACAUCUGCAAAGUCGGGUCUUUCGGAUGCCAUAGCUCGAGCCAAUCUUUACAUGGAGGCAGGAGCUGAUGCUUCCUUUGUCGAGGCACCGAGG